GCACUCCCGGACCACCCGUCUUCUCAGCUCCCCUUACUCCCGGCUCCCCGCGCCUGGCUCCCUCCGCUCCCGGACCUCCUCGUGGCCCAGCUGGGCGCGCUGCCGAGCUUUGCGCUGCUGGUGGCUGCGGUAGCCAGUGACCACUGGUACCUCCCGGAGGCGGCAGCCGCCGGGUCAGGGGGUCCGCCCCGGCCCCCAGCUGGCACGGCCAAGGCCAGGGGCCAAGGCAAGGCCCUGUUCCCCCCCGCACCACCCGAUGCCACGUGUAAUCCACACCUGUGCAGUGGCUGCCAGGCCCGGGAGAGCAGGAGAGCCCUGCAGCGAGGCUGUGCGUGCCUCUGCUUUGCAGGGUGGGACAGCUGCAUCUCCCUGAUGGACCCCUUCGCCGCCGAGAGCCUGGACGUCUCCGCCUCAGUGCAGCGCCUCCUCUCACUGCAUCGAGCUGUCGUGGUGGUCCUGCCCCUGAGCCUCAUCCUUGUGGUGUGCGGCUGGGUCUGCGGCCUCCUCAGCUCCCUGGCCCAGAGCGUCCCUCUGCUACUUUUUGCGGGCUGCUACUUCUUGCUGGGGGGCGCCCUGACCCUGGCAGGGGUCAUCGUCUACAUCAGCUACUCGCACCUGGCCUUCGCCGAGACAGCCCGCCAGUAUGGCCUGGGGCAUGUGCAGGACGUUAAGAUCCGCUUUGGCUGGUCCGUGGCCCUGGCCUGGGGCUCCUGUGCCUUUGAGGCACUCGGUGGUGUCCUCCUGCUGGUGGCAGCCCGGGCCCUCAGCCUGAGCGCAGCCGGGUGUCCCCCACUCUGUGAUCAUCUGAGUCCCAGGCAGGCAGGGGCAGGGAAAGGGGCUCAGUUUCCCUUUGCAUCUUGGGCACCCUGUUCCGCAGGCUUGACUGGAGUCCUGGCUGGGAGGGGGCCUGAGGCUUCCUACCCGUGA